UUCUCAAUGUUCUUAGCAUAAACCCUCUGAAUUGAAUUCCAACAGAGAAGAAGAAGAAAAAUAGAAAGAAGAUUGAAAUAGUCUCAAGGUUACCUUCUGAUUUUAUCCCCAGUUAUGCUGUCAUCGUCUUCUUUGAUGUCUGAACAUGUACUUACGAUCACCUAAUUCAUCCCAUGUACAGAGAAAUUGUGGGUCUAAUUUAAGUUUUGAAAUUUGGGUGAUUUUACUCCAAUGAAAAUGAUGACUAUUUUCUCAUCUGGGUAUCCCCCUCCUUCAAUAAAACAUGGGUAAAUCUCUCUAUACUCUUCUACCCAAUUUCACCACUACUACUCGUGUGAUGAAAAUUCUCCAUUAUUCUACCAAAAACAAUCAUCCAGUUUCAGCAGAAAAGUUAGUUUCUUACUUGGAACAAACCUGUAUAGAUAUCAGUUCUCUAAAAGAGGUUCAUGCUUUCAUUAUAACUUCAGGUCUAUUUAAAAACCAUGUCUUUUUAGGUUCUAAACUUUGUGUUUGUUAUGCAAAAUGUGAUAAAUUAACUGAUUCAAAGAGGGUUUUUGGCAGUAUUAUCAUAAACAACAGAAACAGGAACCCCAACAACGUAGAACUAACUUCUCUUUGGAAUUCAACUUUGGUUGGGUAUUUCAGAACUGGUCAUUUCAAUGAAGUGUUAAAAUUGUAUUGUGAUUUUAGAAAACAUUUUUCUAAUAAUAUUAACAUAGAUAGUUCAUCAAUCACAUUUGGUUUGAAAAGUUGUACUGCGAACGGAUCGAUACAAUUUGGAAGAGGGAUUCAUGUGGAUGCUUUGAAAUAUAACUUACAUAAACAUAAAUUUGUGGGUUCUUCACUUAUUGGAUUUUAUUCCAAGUAUGGAUGUAUUAGCGAUGCCAGACAAGCGUUCAAUGAAAUAUCUGAAAGAGACGUUGUUGUUUAUACAGCAAUGGUUACUGGGUAUGCUCAUAGUUAUGAUUGUUAUGAAGCUUUUGAAGUUGCUAGACUUAUGCAGGAGGAAGGUGGGAUAGAUCCUAACAGGGUGACUUUAGUUAGUUUGCUGCAAGCUGCAGCCAAUUUAAAAGUACGGAAAGAGGGUCGAGCAAUUCAUGGAUAUGCUAUUAGAAGGAAAAUUGAUUCUUAUGAUGAGAUAAUUGAGACUAGUCUUAUGGACAUGUAUAGUAAAUGUGGAGACUUGAAAAUGUCGCUAUCCGUAUUUAAUACAAUGAAUAAGAGAGAUAUUAGUUCUUGGAAUGCAUUGAUUGCUACCCAUGUUCAAAUAGGUCAGCCGUUCACAGCUUUUGAGCUGUUUCAGAUGAUGCGGCAGGAGGAUAUAAUGCCUGAUAUGAUCACUCUUGCGAACUUGCUUUCGAGUUGUGGUGAUCUGAAGUUCCUCCGUCAAGGAAAAAGCAUUCAUGCAUACCUAAUCCGCACAGAAGUUCAGCUGGAUUUAGUUGCAACCACUUCGUUGAUUGAAAUGUAUUCCAAGUGCAAUAGAGCAAACCAGGGAAGGAUACUGUUUGAUCGGUUCGAAGCACAAGACAUGAUUAUGUUUAAUGUGAUGGUUUCCGGGUAUCUUCAAGCUGGGUUUACUGAUAAAGCUUUAGAAACAGUUCGUCUGAUGAUUGAAGCAGGUAAAACACCUAACCCUGCAACCAUUCUUAUUCUUCUUUCUUUGUCUGCAGACCUCAGAGAAAUGAAAAUUGGCAAGGAAGUCCAUGCUUACAUAGUUAGGCAAGGGAUGGGAUCAAAUGUCGAUAUAGCAAAUCAGCUUCUUUCCAUGUAUGGGAAAUUUGGGCGAAUUGAGAUUGCAAGACAAAUCUUUAACGGGAUAACAAGGAGAGACUUGGUUUCAUGGACAUCGAUGAUUACGAGUUACUCACAACAUGCAUUUACCAGCGAAGCACUAAUGCUAUUCCGGUUAUUAGUUCAAGAAGAAAGACUCCAGCCUGAUUUGGUCACCUUAGUAAGUUUGCUCCAGGCCAUUUCGGGGCUUGGGUGUUUAAUACUAGCAAAAGAGGUUCAUGGUCACAUAUACAGAAAUCAAUUAGAGAAAGAAAUACUGAUUAUUAAUUCCCUGUUAACAACUUAUGCAAAAUGCGGAAGCAUAGAUAUUGCUGAACACCUGUUCAAGUCCGUGGUAAAGAAGAGCCAAGUUUCAUGGAACACCAUGAUUUCUGCUUUUGGGAUGCAUGGGAAAUGUUUAGAAGCACUUGACUUGUUUUAUCAGAUGCUUAAGGAAGGUUUUCAACCGGAUGAUAUCACAUUCACAUCAAUUCUCUCUGCUUGCAGUCAUGGAGGAUAUGUGGAAGAAGGAUGGCGUAUUUUCCAGUCCAUGGUGGAGAAACAUUCUGUUACUCCAAAUACAGAACACUAUAAUUGCGUGAUUGAUUUAUUCAGUCGGUCAGGUCAGCUCGAAGAAGCUUAUGGUCUUGUUCAAUAUUUGCCACCAAGAGAAAGAAGUUCUGCAUUGGACGCUUUAUUAUCUUCUUGUAGAGUUUACAAAAAUAUGGAGGUCGGUGACAUUGUUGGGAGAGAAUUACUGAAUUUAAAUCCUAAUAACUCAGGUACGUACACCUUGUUGGGAAAUUUAUACGCAGAAGCUGGUAAAUGGGAUGCAGCAGCUAGAGUUAGAGAGAUUGCAAAGGCGAAAUCUUUGGCCCGGCAGCCUGGUUAUAGUAUGAUAGAGUCUGGAUCUGUUAAAUACUGUGACAGUCUCACAGCCUGAUCUGUCAGGAAGGGAUGUCAUUCGGUCGGUGUUUGUCACACUAGGUUUUACUUGAUCAUCAUUACAAGAAAAAUCCCCAUCCCCAGCCGUGGUUUCAUCUGAUAUAGGAUUAUUUCUGUGGUGGAGUACCACAACUGCAACAUGAUAGUUCAUCGAGAUCUUAAGCCUGAGAAGUGAGAACCUGCUUUUGGAUUCAAAAUACAAUGUGAAAAUUGCUGAUUUUGGCGCGUGAUGGUCAUUUCAUAAAAACAAAUUGUGGAAGCCCGAACUAUGCUGCCCCCGAGGUGUUAUCUGGAAAAUUAUAUGCCGGGCCUGAGGUAGAUGUCUGGAGCUGUGAUGUUAUUUAGUAUGCCCUAACUUGUUCAAGAAAAUAAAGGGCGGAAAUUAUACGUCACCAUGUACUUUAUCAGCUGGAGAAAGGGAUUUGAUCCCGAGGAUGCUUGUGGUUGAUCCCGUGAAGCGAAUGAUCAUUCCUGAGAUUCAUCAGCAUCCAUGGUCAUCUUCCAUGCUAUAAGCUAUUACGCUGUUCCUCCACCAGACACAAUGCAACAAGCAAAGAAGUUGCUGCUUCUAAGCAAAAUGUGAUACAGAAAUCUAAGUUAGUGGCUUAGUGCAAAGGCUCUUGUGGAAAGACUGGAUUGGACAUUUUCGUCACAAAAUGCGAAAAUCUCCUGCUUUGAGCGUUGGCCUACUACGUCCAUAGUCAAGGCCGCCGCAAUUUGCACAUGCAGUUUUGUGGAGAACAUCCAUAUAAGGCAGUAUCACUGGACGGUGGUCGAGUUGUUGCUUGCAUCAACACGCAUGCUGCACGCAGGAAUUUACUGGAAAAGGGUGACAUUGCAAAGUUGAACGAAUGGCUUGUCAUGAUCAUCUUUCUUCAGCAUGCCGAUGCCACCCUACGUAGUCAUGAUCACUUGACUUUACAAGAUUCUUAUGUUGCAGCUCUGAAGAAACUACCACCCUUCUGAUUAAAAUAUGAGCGAAGGGGUAAAAGUCCGGUGAGAAAAGAACAUUUCCAAGUAGUUAAACAAAAAAGAAAAGAAAGAAUUCUAAAGUCAAGUAAAGUUUGUAUUCCUCCCGGUGGUAGCUAGACAUUUCUCCCUGGCUGUUAGAUCUCUAACUUUUCUGAUUAGAUUUUCAUUUAAUAAUUACCAUGCCCACCUUAAUUAUUUAAAAAUGUUCCAUUUUGUUUGGAAUAACCACUUGACUUUGAUUAUUUUAGUUUUCUUAG